AUGGCGAAACCUUCGAAGAAAUCCGGCAAACCUAAAUCACGUUCGAAAAUGACACGUGAAAAGAAAAAGCCUCAGCUUGGCAAGAUAUCUAAACAAGAGAAAAAAUUUCAUCAAAAAGUGAAAAACCAUGUUCCAUUGAAGAAGAAUAACGCCAUGUAUCAAAAGCAUAAACCACAAAGCAAACAAAUUCAACAGAGUUUACCUAUGGAGAGUGAUAUUAUCGAAGAUUAUGAUGACGACGAGCUUAUCUUACCAUUGGAUAUGCUUUCGGACGAAGAAGAUCAACUAGGCAAUGCUCAAACCGAUGAUGAAGAUGAUAACGAGCAGAUUCUAGCGUAUGAGCGUAUCCCACGCCCAUCGUUUAAUGAUAUUAAUCGACAACGGCCGUUGUUACCAAUUAAAACCGACCGUGGUCAAAUCAUUGCUCAAUCGACACCCAUUGUCGACGAAGAAUAUCCUGAUGAAGAAGAAGAAGAAGAAGAAGAAGAAGAAGAAAAGCCGGUUGAAGAGGAAACCGGCUCUGCUGAACCAAAACCAGUAAAACCCGUCUCUGUCGUUGAAUUACUUGCUGAACGUGAUAGAAAACUCAAUGAAACCAAACAAACCAUUGUCACCCUAUGCGACUUGAUCAUGAAAAGUCCGUACGAAGAAAUCUCAAAUUUAAAACAACUACGUGCAUUACUUAACCUUGGUGAUCCAUUGAUAUCGUUGACCGUACGGAAGUUAACCAUGCUCUCCUUAGUGGAAUUAUUUCGUGAUAUCGUGCCUGGUUAUCGUGUGCGUUCGUUGAAAGAACAGACGAAAGAGGAUAAUGAAGAAAUGAAGAGUACGAAGAAUAAAAGGACUAGUCACAAAGAAAAUCUAUCGAAAGACGUGAAAGUGAUUCGUCAUUUCGAACAAACUCUAGUGAAACAUUACCAAUUUUUUCUUCAUUUUCUGGAGCAAUGCGCCAAGAAAAACCUUCCCGAUAAUCAUCUCGCUAAAAGCAAGCACAAACAGUUGAAAACGAUCGAAUCGCCCAAGCUCAGUCUCGGACAUUUAGCUAUUCAAUGUCUAUGCAAACUAUUAACUUCUCUACAUCAUUUCAACUUUCGUACCAACUUACUGAAUGUUAUUGUUCAGUAUAUGGCUAGCCACGAUCUUACCGUUCAACAACAAUGCUGUGAAUGCAUCUCUGAUCUACUACGAAAUGAUCGUACAGGUGAAUUGUCGCUUGAAGUAGUUCGUUUUGUUACUCGUUUAUUAAAAACUCGUUCAUAUGCUGUGGAACCUUGUGUGCUGAAUGUUUUUAUUUCAUUGAAUAUUCGUGAAAUAUCGCCGAUUGAAGAGAAGAAAGAAGAGAAAUCCUCGAAACCGGAUUAUCGUGCUCAAAAACUAUCACGUCGUGAUCGUCGUCAACAUAAAGAAAAGCAAGAAUUGAAUAAAGUGCUCGAAAGUAAAACAUUAGCUAACCGACAAGAACAACGCUUGAAAAUCAAUCGUCAAAUAAUCGAAUUGAUCUUCCUGAACUAUUUCCGUUUGUUAAAACGUCGGUUAAAUUUACGUUUGAUGCCCAGCGUCUGUGAAGGCUUAGCUAAGUUUGCAAAUUUGAUCAAUAUCGAAUACAUGGACGAUUUAAUCACAUGUUUCUAUGAUGAGUUAUCCUCGGAACAAACUGGUUUAACAGCUCGUGCAAAAUUUCAUUGUUUAAUCACCGUCUUUUCCAUAUUAAACCGCCAACAAGUAUUAGUUCAUAUUGAUCCUCAACGAUUUUAUGCUUUAUUCUAUUCUUUACUUUCACCAUGUCCACCUGAUCAUGAUAUUGAUCUAGUGAUUAAAUUACUUCAACUAAUGUUAAUCGAUCGUUAUAAACAAUUGUCCAAGAAUAAACUAUUGGCAUUUACUAAACGUUUAUUAACGAUGACGUUAGAAUUACAACUAACAAAGUCAAUCAAUGCUGUUUUAGUGAUGAUUAAAGCUUUGCUAACGAUAUCACCGAUGGUAACCGAUCAAUUAUUUGAUAACGAAUUUUCAGGUUCGGGAAUAAAAUAUUUGAUGGACCUCAACGAUCCAGAAUAUUGUAAUUCGCAAAACGCGACACUGUACGAACUGGUAUUAUUAAAAACAAAAUCGGAUAAGCAAAUUCGACAACAAUGUCAAGAAAUUCUCAGCGGAAAAUUUCAAACGGAUACACAUGUGUUACGUUCAUGUCAGGAGAACGCAUUAGCAUAUCUUCAGUUGACCGAAAAUCAACAACAAGACGAAAACUAA